AUGUGGUUCCUUUCUUUUUUUUUUUUCUUUGCCAGACCUCCACUCUGCUAUUGGUUUAGUGCGAUUCAUACACUCAACGCAAGCGAAGGAAUAAGGAACGGUAUGGCGAAAUUUUACGACCCAUGUAUUGUUGCAGUCGGUGUCUCCGGCUUUGUUGGUGUUGUCGCCGGUGCCUAUGGGGCCCAUGCACUCCAUGGGCGAUUGACGCCCAAGCAACAGUCAGCCUGGACCACAGCCGUUAAUAUAAACCUUAUCCACACCGCGGGCUGUUUAUCCGUGCUGGCUCUGCGGAAGUGCGUUGACCCCAAUGGCCCUGCCGCCAAACACCUUAACCGUGCGUUUCAUCUUCUGCUUUUGGGCACCACUCUUUUCGCUGGCACCAUCUACGCCACUUCUCUGGGUGUACCGGGCAAGGUGAUAGGGCGGCUGACGCCCGUUGGUGGUGUGACGCUGAUGCUCGGAUGGCUCACCGUUGCCCUCGCCGGCUUAUAA